AGGCGCGGAGCGUCCCGCGGUGGGCGCCGGGGAGGCCGGGCUCCUGCCUUCUCCUGCAGCUGGCGCGCGCUUCCCGGCGGGGGCCAACGGCGGCCGGCUCAGGCCGAGACGCCCCCAGGGUGGCCUUAGCGUCCGCUUGCACCGCGACAGCCCCGCCGAUCGGGUUCCUUUGGGACACUUCGACUUGUUCGAGACCUGAUGGCCAAAAGGAAGGAAGAAAAUUUCUUCUCUCCUGAGAAUGCCAAAAGACCGAGACAGGAAGAGUUGGAGGAUUUUGAUAAAGAUGGUGACGAAGAUGAAGGUACAGCUUCUUUCACUAAUGGUGCCUCUACUUUGACUGCAGCAGAAGUUGGAAUAAUUGAGAGUAUUCAGCUAAGAAACUUCAUGUGUCAUUCGAUGCUUGGACCCUUUAAAUUUGGUUCUAAUGUCAACUUUGUUGUUGGCAACAAUGGAAGUGGGAAGAGUGCAGUACUCACAGCUCUCAUAGUUGGCCUUGGUGGAAAAGCAGUUGCUACUAAUAGAGGAUCUUCUUUAAAAGGUUUUGUGAAAGAUGGACAGAACUCAGCAGAUAUCUCAAUAACGUUAAGGAAUAGAGGAGAUGAUGCCUAUAAAGCAAAUGUGUACGGUAACUCUAUAAUUGUGCAACAACACAUCAGCAUGGAUGGAAGUCGAUCUUACAAACUAAAAAGUGAAACAGGCACCGUGGUUUCCACUAGGAAAGAAGAGCUGAUUGCAAUUCUUGAUCAUUUUAACAUACAGGUGGAUAAUCCGGUUUCUGUUUUAACCCAAGAGAUGAGCAAGCAGUUCUUACAGUCUAAAAAUGAGGGAGACAAAUACAAAUUCUUCAUGAAAGCAACCCAACUUGAACAGAUGAAGGAAGAUUAUUCAUACAUUAUGGAAACAAAAGAAAGAACAAAGGAGCAGAUAAAUCAAGGAGAAGAGCGACUUACUGAACUAAAGCGCCAGUGUUUGGAGAAAGAAGAACGUUUUCAAAGUAUUGCUGGUUUAAGUACAAUGAAGACUAAUUUAGAAUACUUGAAACAUGAAAUGGCUUGGGCGGUGGUCAAUGAAAUUGAAAAACAAUUGAAUGCUAUCAGAGAUAAUAUCAGAAUUGGAGAAGAUCGUGCUGCUAGACUUGACAGGAAAAUGGAAGAACAGCAGGUCAGACUUAAUGAAGCAGAAAAAAAAUACAAGGAUAUUCAAGAUAAACUAGAAAAGAUUAGUCAAGAGACAGAUGCACGAACACCAGAAUGUCUGGCUUUGAAAGCAGAUGUUACUGCUAGGAAAAGGGCCUAUAAUGAAGCUGAGGUUUUAUAUAAUCGCUCCCUAAACGAGUAUAGAGCAUUAAGGAAGGAUGAUGAGCAGCUUUGCAAAAGAAUUGAAGAACUGAAAAAAAGUACUGAUCAAUCUUUGGAACCUGAACGAUUGGAAAGGCAAAAAAAAAUAUCUUGGUUAAAAGAAAAAGUAAAAGUCUUACAGGAUCAAGAAGGUUCUGUCAAUCAAGAGAUCGAACAGUUUCAGCAAGCCAUAGAAAAAGACAAAGAAGAACAUACCAGAAUUAAGAGAGAAGAAUUAGAUGUGAGGCAUACGCUGAACUAUAAUCAGAGGCAACUGAAAGAAUUGAAAGAUAGUAAAACUGAUCGCCUAAAAAGAUUUGGCCCUAAUGUUCCAGCUCUUCUUGAAGCAAUAGAUGAUGCUUAUAGACGUGGGCGUUUUACCUGUAAACCUGUGGGCCCUUUAGGAGCUUGCAUUCAUCUUCGGGACCCUGAGCUUGCUUUGGCUAUUGAAUCUUGCCUAAAAGGACUUCUGCAAGCCUAUUGUUGCCACAAUCAUGCUGAUGAAAGAGUUCUUCAGGCACUGAUGAAAAAGUUUUAUUCACCAGGGACCUCACGGCCACAGAUAAUAGUGUCUGAGUUUCGGAAUGAGAUGUAUGAUGUAAGACACAAAGCUGCUUAUCAUCCAGAGUUUCCAACGGUUCUGAAAGCUUUAGAAAUAGAUAAUGCAGUUGUUGCAAACAGCCUAAUUGACAUGAGAGGCAUAGAGACUGUGCUACUAAUCAAAAACAAUUCUGUAGCUCGUGCAGUGAUGCAGUCCCAAAAGCCACCCAAGAACUGUAGAGAAGCUUUUACUGCUGACGGAGAUCAGGUUUUUGAAGAACGUUAUUAUUCAUCUGAACAUACAAGACCGAAGUUUCUAAGCAGAGAUGUGGAUUCUGAAAUAAGUGACUUGGAGAAUGAGGUUGAAAAUAAGAAGGCCCAGAUCUCAAAUCUUCAGCAGCAUUUAUCUGCCCUUGAAAAGGAUAUUAAACGCAAUGAAGAAUUUCUUAGAAGGUGCCAACUACAUUAUAAAGAGUUAAAGGUGAAAAUAAGAAAAACUAUUUCCGAAAUUCGGGAGCUUGAGAAUAUAGAAGAACACCAGUCUGUAGAUAUUGCAACCUUGGAGGAUGAAGCUCAGGAAAAUAAAAUCAAAAUGAAAAUGGUUGAGAAAAAUAUGGAACAACAUAAAGAAAAUAUGGAAUAUCUAAAAAGUCUGAAAAUAGAAGCAGAAAACAAGUAUGAUGCAAUUAAACUGAAAAUCAAUCAGCUAUCCGAGCUAGCAGAUCCACUGAAGGAUGAAUUAAACCUGGCUGAUUCUGAAGUGGAUAACCAAAAACGAGGGAAGCGGCACUAUGAAGAGAAACAAAAAGAACACUUGGAUACUUUAAAUAAAAAGAGACGAGAACUGGAUAUGAAGGAAAAGGAACUAGAGGAGAAAAUGUCACAAGCAAGACAAAUCUGCCCAGAGCGGAUAGAAGUAAAAAAAUCUGCAUCAAUUCUAGACAAAGAAAUUAAUAGAUUAAGACAAAAGAUACAGGCAGAACAUGCUAGUCAUGGAGAUCGAGAGGAAAUAAUGAGGCAGUACCAAGAGGCAAGAGAAACUUAUCUUGAUCUGGAUAAUAAAGUAAGGACUUUAAAAAGGUUUAUUAAAUUACUGGAAGAGAUAAUGACUCAUAGAUACAAAACAUAUCAACAAUUUAGAAGAUGUUUAACUUUACGAUGCAAAUUAUACUUUGACAACUUAUUAUCUCAGCGGGCCUAUUGUGGAAAAAUGAAUUUUGACCACAAGAAUGAAACUCUUAGCAUAUCAGUUCAGCCUGGAGAGGGAAACAAAGCUGCUUUCAAUGACAUGAGAGCCUUGUCUGGAGGCGAACGCUCCUUUUCCACAGUUUGCUUCAUUCUGUCUCUGUGGUCCAUUGCCGAAUCUCCUUUCAGAUGCCUGGAUGAGUUUGAUGUCUACAUGGACAUGGUUAACCGGAGGAUUGCGAUGGACAUGAUACUCAAGAUGGCAGAUUCCCAGCGUUUCCGACAGUUUAUCUUGCUUACCCCUCAAAGCAUGAGCUCACUUCCGUCAAGUAAACUGAUUAGAAUUCUUCGAAUGUCUGAUCCUGAAAGAGGACAGAGUACACUGCCUUUCCGGCCUGUGGCUCAGGAGGAGGACGAAGACCGAAGUCGAUCUGUACCUUAAUACGCUGUGUGUCCUCGUGCUGAAAGAUGUGUAAAGGGAAAAAAUUCAGGACUAGUUGAUGAGAUAAAAAGAAACUGAAGAUAUUCUAAAGUAAAAGAAACUCCUUUAUAUAUCUGACCAUAAUAAAAUGUGUAAAUAAGCCUAGAAAACCAACUACGACCAGCAAUUUAAAAUUACUAUUACUUUACUUCAAGAGAAUCAAUUUCAUAGUACUGGUUUUAAAUCUUUUUUCCGUUUCUUUUUUUUUUAAACCAUCUACUUUUAUAGAUUCUUUUUCAGAAGUAAAAUUUUGUACAUAUGUACAUGUACAUACCUGUUUAGUUUGGGUUCAUUUCUAUAGUAUUUUGUAAGAAUUAAAAUAAAAGUUUGAGCACCUGCUUAUAUUUAGUUUUGCUUUUCCAGAGUAUUACAUAUUACAUUCUCAUUGCAGAGGAUGAGGCACACAGAUGGUCUGUGGACAGGGACCAGACUACAGUGGCUUUAGUGUCUGUUUUUUGCUUAUUAAUUAUGAGGGACCUACACAGGACUAUAAAAACUUUGGUCAAAAUCCCUACACAGCUCAUUUUUAGCCCUAGAGAUCCAACUAUAGAUUUUGGCUGUAUUUUUAAUUAUUGAAUUUCAUCAAAUUUAAGGUACUGUCUAUUUAAAAGACACUUUUAUGGAGCACUAAAGUACUGCCAGCACUCCGACACAAUGCCUUUCUCUCAGUCCUUUAACUGUCGUCCACCCAACUAAGCGUCUCACCCGUGUCAGAACUGGGUUGCAGCACAGUUCUGUGCCCUGACCUGCGGCAUGCUUGCCUGGUUUAAAAUCCUUCAGUUUCCAUUCCAGGGGCUCUCAAACUCUGGAUCAGCUGAGAGAAGACACAGUGCAGAGGGACUGUGCAGACCAAGCUGAGGACGAGGGUAGAGGGUGGUUCCCCCUGGAGCAGGCGAGUAGCUAGGAGCCAAAGGCCAAACUGUUGAUGGUGAGCUGACAUCAAUUAUGAGAACACCCUGACCUUAGAGUUGUUAAAAAGUGUGCUUCUUAGAAUGAUAAAAUAUAGUCUAUCAUAAGAAAUGGUACUUUUGAUUUUUUUUUUGGUAAGAAAACAUGAAUAGGACUCCUGCCUGUAUUCUCUGUGUUUGAUACUAGGAUUAGGGCUAAACUUUUUUAAAAAGACAUGGAUAUCCAACAAGAAGUAUUCCCUAUAUUGCUAGCAAUAAAUAUUUAUGAAAUUGAACAGAAAGUAUUUUAAGAAAAAGACAGUAUUUUAAAAGCAGCAGCACUUCUAUAGUUACUGAGAAAAUACUGGAUUUUGUUUUUUGGGGGGGGGAGGAAGACUAAUUUAGUAUUAAGUUGAGAUCACUUGGCAGAUGAGAAGUCCAAAAAUUUGUGCUUUUCUACACUAUGAAUUUACAGAAAGAGGAAAUGUGUGUUGAAUGUUUUAAUGAACAUUCCCCACUAAAACAUACAAAGUCUGAUUUUUUUGUUACAUUUAUAACUCAUUUGUAUCAAAACUAUUUUAACAUACAUGUGCUUUUUCAAAUAAAAAAUAAGUGGAAUAUACCAAAUGCAUAAACUUAUAUUAGUUGAAUAAU